AUGGUCAAGCUCGAAGAAGUUCUCGACGAGGAGUUCAACAGAGAACAGUCCGGUCCCCAGGUCGAGGACGAAUGGGACACCAGCGAUGAAUCCGAGGCCGACGAGGACGACGAGGAAUACAUGCCCGACGAGACCUUUGCCGACAGACUCGCCGCCCUCAAGGACAUUGUGCCNCCCACAUACCGCAAGACCCUCUCCAACACCCUAAGCACAACCUCUUCAUGGGUCAGCACCACGCUCAACUAUGGCGGAAAGACUCUGUGGGUCGUCAGCACCAGUGUCUUGCUCUUGGGUGUGCCGUGGGCAUUGGCCUUUGCAGAGGAGCAGCAGAUGGCCGAGAUGGAGAGAGAGAUGAAAAUGCAGCAGAGUGCCAACGAGGUGAUUAUUCCUCUCCACAAAGACUUGAAGAUGCAAGACGAUGCUAAUGGCAGAAAAACACAGCUUCUCACUCAGCAGCAACAAUCGCAGGCAAAGCCCGCUCUGUAA